GGGAAUUUAAUUUACUCUGACAUCCUCACAGCAUAAUGCAUUCCUAAAGAAAGAGUUUUUCAGUUUGCAAUUGACUUUUUAGAUAAAUUGGACUAUUUAAUGUGAUUAUCAGUCUUGAACGUCUUUGACUUAUUAAGGUGUUGAAACCAAUUAAGGGUUACAUGCUGCUCAUGCUUCCAAAUGUGAAACAGUGAAUACUGCUUAAAGAUCCAUGAAAUAAGAACCAGCCAGAGCCUAUUGUUCGCCAGUCGACCGGCUACAUUGCCUGAUGAUGUUUUGAGACUUGCCAGGUAAUGAUAUUAAUUACAGCAACACGGCUUGCUUCAGGUUGUGGAUUAACCCGAAGGAGCGGAGGGUUAUGUUUAGUUUGAUUUGCAGCCGUGGAUUACAGCCCGUACAAAUAUCCUAGUAUAAUCUUAAAUGCUGCAGAAUUAACUAAUCUUAUAAAUUGUAUGCAUUUCCACGUGACCAAUUACAAUUUACACGUUUUGUAGAAGUCAGAUGUUAGGAUGAUGAUCCGCAUCUCAGUCAGCGUUGAGCAACUUCUUUAAAACCUUGGCUUUAUCAUUGUCCUUACAGUAUUUUGCCUCUCAGGCCUACAGUGAGUGAAGCUGCUGUGUCACUGGGACGGGACAGUAUCUCUGGGUCAUGGAAGACCACAGUCAUGAUUGGACACCUCUGCGCUCGCUGAUAGCGCCGAGUCACAUUUCAGUCCCAGCAUUCCGUCCGUGUGGCCUCAGGAGUCGCUCAUCCUGCAGCUACUUCAGACUGCGUGCGUCCAAAUGCUGCAGCUUCCGACCUUAGAGACAAAAAGCAGCGCCGGCCGUGAGGCUUUGAGGAAGUCAGCGAGCGUUGCUGCAAUCCGUAUUAAGGCCAUGAAGACACAGCAGGCCACAGUGCUCCUGCCCAAAGUUCCUCCUUUUGCAACCAACUGCCUGAAUGUUGUGCUUCUUAGGAGAUAACGGCAGCCUCCCACGAAAGGUGACUCAGCAAUCCAGCACACAGCCUCUUCUGAGAUAAGAGCGCCCUGCGGGGCCGGAGGACAGUGGGAUACUGGGAAAAACUGUCACGAGCAGAGAACACAGUGGAAGAGUACUUGCACCGCAUGGAGACAGAGGAGGCCCAGGAAAUGGCCCAGAUGCCAGGCAGGGAGAGCCCCCCUGCCAACGAUGCGUCAGAGGAGGCAGAGGAGCCCAUGGCCGUUCCUGAGGACCUGUCAGCCAGCUCCACCCACCAGCAGAACAACAGAGGGGACAAAGCCUGUAACAUUAAAGUUGAGGCUCGCAGUGAUGAGGAGAAUGGGCUGGCCUGUGACAUGAAUGGCGUGGAGGAGGAGGAGUGCGCGGAAGACUUGCGCGUGAUCGAUGCCUCGGGGGCCAAGGUGAACGGCUCACAGCCGAGCCUCGAAGCCAAGGCCUUCUCCUCGGCCGGCGGUAUCCGGCUGCCCAACGGGAAGCUCAAGUGCGAUAUCUGUGGGAUAGUUUGCAUUGGCCCCAAUGUGUUGAUGGUGCACAAGCGAAGCCACACUGGAGAACGCCCUUUCCAGUGCAGCCAGUGCGGUGCCUCUUUCACCCAGAAGGGCAACCUGCUGCGUCACAUCAAGCUCCAUUCAGGGGAGAAACCCUUCAAGUGUCACCUGUGCAGCUACGCCUGUCGCAGGAGGGACGCCCUCACCGGCCAUUUACGCACCCACUCGGUUGGAAAACCCCACAAGUGUGCUUACUGUGGGCGGAGUUACAAGCAGCGCAGCUCUCUCGAGGAGCACAAGGAGCGGUGUCACAACUACCUCCAGUGCAUGGGGCUGCAGAGCAGCAUCUACACAGUAGUAAAGGAAGAAAGCAACCAGAAUGAGCAGAGGGAAGACUUAAGCCAGACGGGAUCUGACAGAGCCUUGGUGCUAGACAGACUAGCUAAUAAUGUAGCUAAACGUAAGAGCACUAUGCCACAGAAGUUUGUGGGUGACAAACGGCUGUCAGACCUCUCCUACGACGGAGGAGCAGGUGAGCUGAUUCAGCCCAACGUCAUCGACCAGGCCAUCAACAGCGCCAUCAGCUACCUGGGGGCAGAGUCGCUCCGGCCUCUGGUCCAGACCUCCCCGGCCUCCUCUACCGAUGUGGGCCUCGGCUCCAUGUACCCCCUUCACAAGCAAGCUCCCGAGGGCCACACGGGGACGGGCCACAGCCUGUCAGCCAAAGACAGUGCAGCUGAGAACCUGCUGCUGCUCUCCAACUCCAAGUCUGCCUCCAGCGAGAAGGACGGCUCGCCCAGCCACAGCGGCCAGGACUCCACAGACACCGAGAGCAACAAUGAGGAUCGUCCAGGCGGGACGGCCCCCGGCCUCAUCUACCUGACCAACCACAUCACCUCGGGGGUGAGGAACGGCGUGCUCCCUCUGGUGAAGGAGGAGCAGCAGAGGCAGUACGAGGCCAUCCGGGCCAGCAUGGAGAUGGCCUCCGAGGGCUUCAAGGUGGUGACGGCAGACGGGGAGCAGGUGAGGGCGUACCGGUGCGAACACUGCCGCGUUCUCUUCCUGGACCACGUCAUGUACACCAUUCACAUGGGCUGCCAUGGCUUCAGAGACCCCUUCGAGUGCAACCUCUGCGGUCACCGGAGUCAAGACCGAUAUGAGUUCUCCUCUCACAUAACGCGAGGGGAGCAUCGUUACUGAGCCCCCGUCGACCAGAGAACAACACACACUUUCACACAAACAAACCAUCUGGAAAACAUGCCAUACACACUCAUUGGCAUGCACCUGAAAUAAAUGCAUAGAAAUACAAAAUGUAAAAUACACUGUCUGAAAGUUGUGUUUUUUAUACAAAGUAUGCAUGUUUGUUGAACACAGAUAAAUGUAUAUUAAAAAAACAUUUAUUUUCAUUUCAAAUACCAUGCUGAAAAGGUUCAUGUAAUGUUCAGUGAAGACAACACAACACAGCUGUUACUGUGCCACAUCCUACAUAGGUUUUAAAUCAUGUAUUUACAGUGUACAGCAUUUCCAAUGUUUCUUUUCUUUUGGAAAACCAGGCGGCAACUUUUUUCUAGAUUUUCACAUUAUAUUUACAAAUCUUUGUACUGAAGCAUCUGGAAUGUCAAUAAAAGAUUCUAUUAUGCAGUUGUUUUCAGUGCAGGAAAACCCAUUUUACUAUUGGUAUUAAAUACAAUCAGUAGAAACUUAACAAUCAAUGUAGAUAACCCCACAUUUCCUUCCAAAGUUUCAACAUGUUCCUGUAUUUGUAACAACCUACAUAUUAUUUAUAUCACAUUUACACACGCCUUUCUGUUUUUGUAUUUAUUACGGUGAUCGAUGUUUGUCUGUAGAGUAGUUAAUAAAAGCUGCAUCUCUUUCUGUCUAAUUGUACUAUAUGUGUUUGAGGUAAAAACAUGACUGCUGCUGGAAGCUGUUUUCAGUUGGAUCGGAAGAAAAUGUUUUCCUGGCCUUUUCUUUUAUACCUGAUGGCAAAGAAUUGUUUCACUCACAAAAUGAAAAUGAGCCAUUUGAGGUUUGAAGAAGCUUUAUGCUUGCAAAAUAUCAAUAAAGGAUAUUUUAUAUAUGCUCAAAAA